AUGUUGUGGCUUAGAAUGCAAAACUCUGAGAUGGAAUCUUUGAAACAAGUUUCUGAAGAAAGAAAACUCCGAAUUUCAUGCACUGACCCAGAUGCUACAGAUAGUGAAGAAGACAGUGAAGUAUCAAACGGAGACACUAAAAGCAACAAGAGAUUUGUCGUAGAGAUGAAGUUUCCAAGCAUGUUAGAUGAGUCAAACAAAGAACCUCACACCAAAAAGGAAAAACGCACCUCAUCAUCCACCAUGUCUAAAGGUGUAAGACUGAGACCAUGGGGAAAAUAUGCAGCUGAGAUACGAGUCCCUUUUGAAAACCGCCGAGUAUGGCUUGGUACUUUUAAUACCGAGGAAGAGGCUUCAAUUGCUUACAAUAAAAAGAGGGAAGAGUUUGACAAGAAAAAGGCUCUUCUAAAAGGAGAUGCAUCGGGGCAUUCAGAGGGUGCCAAAAAUGAUUUUGCUCAUCAUCCUUCUCAACCAUUUUAG